ACCUCAUCGUCUGAGCUUGAACCCUGAGGUUUUUCCAAGUAUUAUUCCCCAUAAAGAUGUUCGACAAAUCCGAACAUCCCGUCCCUCUACCCGAAACUGAUUCUCCAAUAGACUUUGCGAGGCUCUUCAAUGUCUGUCGUGUAACUCUUCGGGCACUUGGAGUUUUCACUAUAAAUGAGAUUUUUUCAAAAUCCAAGCGAAAAAUUUGGGACAUGAAAGCCCUAUACUACAUAUUCUGGCUCUUUCCCACAUUUUUCGCCAACUUCUCAGAAUUUCGGAGUGUCUUGGGCUUCUGGGAAACGGAUGUCUAUUACGCGUUGGAGGUGACAACUGCUGUACUGAGUGGUGUUAUUGUCAUGGCGCAGGGAUUCUUCGUGUAUCAUUCUCGUAAUGAUUUACUGAUACUGAUAGCGGAGAUACGACAGUUGUGGCAGAAGCAAUUGGCUCGUAACGUCGCUGAUGUUAUCGUGAAGAAAGUCAAAAGAGCCAAGUUCUUCACGCAAGUUUAUGCUACACUCAUUAUUCUUCUAGCGAUUACUUACUCAGUUAGGCCUUUUCUUUUGCUACUUACACAUGUUAUAUCUGGCAAAAACGAGACUUAUGAUAUGAGUCAAACAGUUUUCCAAGCAAUAUAUCCAUGGAAACUUGAUAAUUUUUACAAAUACAUCGUUCAUAUCACGGCGGAAACAGUGGUAUUUGUUAACGUCUCAGCAUCUUGGAUAGGUGCUGAUAUGAUAUUCCUGCAAUUGGCGACUCACUUGGCCGCACAAUAUCAAAUUUUACACGAUGACUUAAUAGCAGUUGGAUCUGGAGAUGACCCCGCAACAAUUCAAUACACGCCAGUAGAACAAUUGAAUUCAAUGGGCAAACGUCAUGCUCAUUUAUUACUAUUGUCGGACAAAUUUCAAAAGAUAUUCAGCCCCAUACUGCUGGUUCUUAUGCUGGUGACGAGUGUCAAUAUCUGCAUAUGUAUCAUCAAUCUUCAGGAAGAGCUUAUGCAGCAGAAUUUGGCUGGAGUUAAUAAAUGUGCCGUACAUACUAUCAUAGCAAUGAUCCAACCUGCUAUUUACUGUGUUUAUGCCAAUGAUCUUGUCGAAUGGGCUGAAUUGACAGCAAUCGCUGCCUACACAUGCCAAUGGGUAGACAAAACCCGAUAUUUUCGUCACUCUGUCCGCCUCAUCACCAUGCGUGCUCAAGAAGCCUUACCAUUCCGCAUUUACGGAUUCUUCAGUGUUGAUUUGAAUCUAUUAACGCAAGUAGGUCCAAUUAUUCGAAUAAAAAUUAUUAGCAUAUUUGAGCAAAGAUUCUUCAUUGUUGUACAAAAACUGCCCGAGAGAGAUUUAUGAUAUGCUGAGAAAAACAGACCUAGGAAACGACUAACUUACGAUCGGUUGUCUUUCGCAGUCGAAAGCAAUUUAAUCCUAAGCAUAUAUUUAAGGCCUGAUCGGAUCAUCUGGAUUAUCGCGUCUAUAAGUAUAAUAUUUUUUCUUCUGUUUUUGCUUUCGAAUGAAAGCUUUGCAAUCGUUCAAUUUUGACAUUUUCUCAUUUUUAUUGGAAAUGAUGUAGAAUGAUCUGAAACGUAAAAAUACGAAGUUUGGCGACUAUGUCUGUGCCUCCCUCCCCCUUGAGCAAUAAAAAUAUUUUUAGUGGGCCUAAACUACACAUUUACCGAAAAUCCCUCUGAUAAUUUUUUGAAUAUUGUAAACAUUUUUUUGAAGAAGAAUAAAUUAUAAUUAUGUCAGCCAAUAAUUGGUAGAAAUUUCCGAAUUAAAAAGCUAAAAAUUUAGGUGGCCGUCAGCCAUCACUUUAAAGGGCGAGUAGAGGACAGGUGCAGGGCAAUUUAAAUCAUUCCGUAAAAGGCACAACCAGAACAAUUGCAACAUAUUUUUCCCUUAAAAAUUCUUUAAUAUCCUUAGAUUGCUUUCAAUUACAAUAAUCUUACCGUAUGAUGCGUAAAACCCUCGAAAUUACAAGAAGACAAUUAAGAUGGCGAUCAGCUAUUAUUUAAGAAAACAGAAUGAGGAGGGAUACAGGAAAUACGAUAAGCAUACACUCAAAUAAAUGUUUUCGAAACACCCGAACACCUAAAUUACCUGCACCGAUGGCCAGCUAAAGUGACUGGUGAUGGCUACCUGCAUUUUUUUUGUGAAAAUAUACUACACGGUCGUAAAACCCUGCAUGCGGACUGAAUGACAGAAACAAGGCAGUGUCUACACACAGAGUGUAUUGUUGAAUACCAUAGACGUAUGACAUUUUUUCUACCAUGGAUCUAUGGCUUUUAUCGACCAUCUCCACAAGUAAAUCAUGGUCUAUGGUAAGUUUUGCAAUGCGUCCAUGGCACUGGGUACAUGGCCAUGGACACAUGGAUGAGAACCAUCAAUAGAUGGUAAAAAACACUAUGUGCAUGGUGAUUUCUACUAUACACCUAACCGAUUACUGGGUGUAUAGCAAUCAGAACUAUGACUUUACAUUUUUUUUAUUGGUACAAAUUGCACAUAUGUACAUUACUUGGGAAUGCUUUUAUUGUUGUAUUGUUAUCCAAAGCUUUACGGUCUUCCGGAAAUAGUUGGAGGUGAGAAAUUUCACUGUGAAUGUUUAUACCGGCAAUACAUUUUUCAAUUUAUUUGUACCUCCAUUAAGGGACUUGAAUAUUUAAAUUGCUCUUUGAGAGAGAAAAGAACCAGAAUUGAAGUGAGGUAUACGAUUUGAUACAUAUGUGCUAUUUGUACCAAUAAAAACAGAUGUAAAGCCAUAUUUCUAAUUGCCAUACACCCAGUAAUCGGUUGGGUGUAUGGUGGAAAUCACCAUGCAUAUAGCCGUGUGCCAUGAACGCAUAACGACCGUUAAGUGUAUGGUAUUUUUUACCAUGCGUCUAUGGUUCUCAUCCAUGUGUCCAUGGCACAGUGCAUGGAGGCAUAGCAAAACUUACCAUGGACCAUGAUUUACUUGCGGUGAUGGUCGAUAAAAGCCAUAGAUCCGUGGUAGAAAAGCCAUACGCCUAUGGUAUUCAAUCAUAGACCGUGUGUGCAGUCACUGUCAAAAAAAAUCCUUCGUCACUCGGCCGAAAACCACUUUUCUGGCAAUUGUGAACCUACAGUCUCAGGCGAAGUCGCGUUCCUAAACAUUUAUAACGGCCUAGUGACGAAAUAUACCAUUAUUGCAUCUUGUCAUUGAUUUAUUAAUUUGCACCUGCAUUUCAAUAAUUUAAAAUUCACAAAUGGCUAUUCGCAGAUUGCCGUUGGCGCUGCGAGAUUCUUCGCGAUCAUAAAUAAUCUAUCUGGAAUGGCCGAUUGAGAAAAGGCACGUGAAUACCUCCGAUUGACUCCUGGAAUGCAAUUAUGAAUGAUACAUUAUUUUCUGAGUACUCAUAUAUAGCAAUAAAUGAUCUGAUGAAUUGAACAGAAUCCAAUUCAAUGGAAUUCACACAGAAUUUAAUAAAAUAGAGAAUUGAUACUGUAUUGUAAUCCUUUCAAACAUAAUUUAAGGCGCUAUUGGCGUUUUUAAGUUUUAUCACUCUUCAAUGACUCACAAAUUUUCGUAAUCGUACCUGUCUUUUUCUAAACUUAUGGUAAUGUUUUGAGAAUUUUUGCUCAAGUUUCUUACUGAGAUCGUAGGAACGUUUUUCCACAGUGAUGAAACUUGAUCAGACAUAGAAUGAUAAUAAAAUUUAAAAUAUAGGUAUAUUUGUUCACGUCUAUGUUAUCAACCAUUUGUGAAAAAUUUGUAAAAAAAAUGUUGAAAAAUUG